AUGCAUACCCAUCUAUUCCCAGCUCCAGCCACUUUCUUCUUCAUCAUAUCAGCAAUAACCUUAGUCCAAUUUCCAGUACCAUCUGUGCACGUUGUUGAUGAUGAUCAGCGAUACCUCAACUGCAGUGAAACCUUUGCAUGUGCGGGUAUUUCGGACAUCGGUUAUCCUUUCUGGGGAUCAAAUCGGCCUGAAUAUUGUGGGUACCCGGGUUUCGAGUUGAACUGCAGCGGCAAUCUCCUGCAGCUUUAUGUCGCGGACAUGUAUUACCGAGUUCUUGAAAUCAAUAGCGCGGCACGGAGUCUCAAGGUUGCUAGAGUGGAUUACUGGAACACGACUUGUCCUUCUACUUAUGAUAAUACAACCAUAGAUCGCAGUACCCUCUUUUCUCAUACUUCAGCUACUGCCAACCUGAAGCUCUACUACCAUUGCCCUACUACUUCACCUCUUCUUCCAACUCAAACGGCGGAAGGUUUUUCGUUUAAUUGCGCCGAAGACGCUAAUGGCUUUACCAAUUGCUAUUCGAGCAACUCCUUGUUUGCAAGCACGUUAUUGGGGUUGUGCGAGAAUAACGUUAGUGUUCCAGUAACUGAAGCAGGCACUAUAACUACUGAAGAUGCACUGAAGGAAGCUAUUGAUGGUGGGUUCACGGUGGGGUGGAAUGCAAAUAACAACAUGUGCAAUAGAUGUGAUGGGUCCGGUGGGCGGUGA